AGCCAAGCCGCGGGCAAGUACGUGCUGCAUUUCGAGGAGGCGCCGCCGGGCCCCGACAACCUCCUUUUCAACUGGAUUGGCGUCGUGAACGGCAACACCGUGUGCCAGACGCCGACGGAGAAGAACGCGUUCGCGGCCCAAGCCGUCGAGCACGUCGCCCACAAUGCGUCAACGUCGGCACUCUCGGACCCGGUGCAGUACCUCCAGUCGCUCGAUACGCCGGCGCGCGCGGUGGUCGGCAGUGUUGCGGCGCUCGUCGUCGUCGUCCUCGUGUUGGUGCUUGUCAAGGUCGUGCGCUCGCGCCGGACGCGGUACGAACCGGCGUCCGUGGAGUCCAACACUCCGAUGCGCCGUCGCCGCGCGUCGACCACCGAAGAAGGCAAAGAGGAAGAGCUGACGGAGACGGCGAGUACGCGCUCUGCGAUUGCUGAGAUCGAAGGUCUUAUGGAGCCUACGACAACGAUGAGUUUGCGCCCGAGCAUGAAACUCGACACGCCAAUGCAUCCGACGCGCGCAAAAGACCACGAUGCUGUCUUCUCGAGCGCAUGA